AUGGAGCUGGUGUUGGUGGAGGAUUGGGAGGAGGUACAGAUAAAGGUGGUGGAUUUGGUGGUGGUGGAGGAGGUUUUUACUGGUUCCAGCAAUUUGUAUAAACUGAAAAGUAUUCUUUACGAUAGAUUCAUUCCGUUCCAUAACCAGAAAACUAUAAUACUCGAUCCUUCAAUUCAUUUACUUAACACUAUGAAUUUCUUCAAAUCCAUUCUGUCAGAGGAUUCAGAUCCUCCAAAACGCGAAAACCCCCAUGACCCGAAAUCCGAAUCCCCACUGCAGAGGAAUAAGGAUCCAGAUGAUAUCGGUCAGGAUCCAGUUCACAUAGACCCAUCACCCAAAAGCCCGUCUGAUUCAUCUGGUGAUGGUGGCAUUGGUUGCGAUGGGUGGAGUUUUGGGGGUUUGAUCAAGACUUUUACGACCCAAUCCGAGUCGGUGCUGGAGACAUACAGGCGGGAUCUUAGGGAAUUCGGAUUGGGUCUUAGGAAGGAGUCGGAGAUAAUUUUAGCUAGGAUUGUUUUGGGAUUCGCGUUAAGACCGAGAGGUAAUGCAAUCUUGAUUGAUAUUGCAACAUAA